AACUAAUUUGGUCUUCGGAAAACGUGCAAAUUUCAUAGGCAAAUCGUUUCAUUUUAGGUUUUCUUUGUUACCAGCAAACGGAAAGGUGUCAUUCAAUACAGUUAAUGGUAUAUCAAUCAUAUUAAAACAGUUUCAAAUUCGGCAUAUAUCCAAUAUGUCAGGCUGCAUUAUUUUUUUUCAAAUUUCAUAGUUUUUAUCAUCAUUAUUUGUUUAACCACGGUAAACCACAGCACUUAAUCCUCUGUAAAUUGUUUAUAUUUAACUGGAUUAAAUGGUUAAUUGGCAGAUUUUUUUGGCCGAAUUUAAUAUCAGAUUCUUAGUUAUUACUUUUAUCCAAGGGGGACAAUUUACCGUUUAAGUCUUAACUAGUUAGUGUAAGAUAGAGUUUGUCAUAGCACCACAAGAGACCAUAGAGUUUUGUGGCUAGCUAGUACUCGGGCCAUUUUACCAAAGCAUUACGGUAUUUACGCAACUUUCAGGGCGGACGUUUACGUAACCGUACUGCUGUACACACAAAUUCCGGAUGAACGGUACCUUUAAACGGUUGUUAAUGGUAGCAUACUAUAUGUAUUACUGUAAUAUGGCUGCUAGUGCCUUUGCUUUCAAGCUUAUGCCGCUGGUGAGAGGACGGUUUUGCAGCAGGGCGUCCUGUCCCCUGCGCUCAACUGUCCGUGCGUUUUCGUGCAAUGGAACUGGUUACCAGCUACACAAAGUGGAGGGGACAAGUGCACUGACAGGCAACGUGGACCGAUUCGGUGGAGUGACAGUGAACCUGGCGGAGACCGGUUUACCUGGGGACAUCAGCGAAAGCUCGUUCAGCAGACUGCUGCAAGAUUCUUUAAUGCGAUGGAAAGCAGAAGGGAAAGUCGCAGUGUGGCUCAGAGUUCCCAUCUCACUAAGUCGAUGUGCUGCCGCCGCCUCAACUCACGGAUUCACCUUCCAUCACGCCAGAGACAACCAUGCUGUGUUGGCCCUCUGGCUGGGAGAAGGAGAGAGCAGGCUGCCGGGGUUUGCAACUCAUCAAGUCGGAGUGGCAGGUGCAGUUGUUGAUGAAUCCAAUGGAAAAGUUCUUGUUGUCCAGGACAGAAAUAAGACAAAGAAUGCUUGGAAGUUUCCUGGUGGCUUGUCUGAUCCAGGAGAAAAUAUUGGUGCCACCGCCAUCCGUGAAGUCUUUGAGGAAACUGGCGUUCGCUCUGAGUUCAGGUCUCUGCUCAGCAUCCGGCAGCAGCACAACCAUCCUGGGGCCUUUGGCAUGUCAGACAUGUACGUCAUCUGCCGUCUCAGCCCACUCACGUAUGACAUCGACUUCUGCACUCAGGAGUGCCUGCGGUGCGAGUGGCUGGACCUCGCCGUGCUGGCCGAGACCAACGACACGACGCCCAUCACCUCUCGCGUGGCCAGGCUCCUGCUGCAUGGCCUAGAGCAGGGCUUCCACAAAAUUGACCUGACCAUGGAGGAGCUCCCUGCUGUCUACUCUGGGAAGUUUUAUCAGCUGUACCACCGGCAGCUUCCUACGACACUGCAAUCCCAGUGA